GUCUCUAUAUUUCAAUAGGGUCUAAAUAAUUUAUUUUCAGCGUGCCUUGAUUAAAGUAUCAGUGGCUGGUGAUGACUCAACCUGUAGAUGUUUUUCUAUGAUAUUGCUGAAAUUGAAAAUAGAAGAUGAACUAAACAAUGUACGGUACUUACGACUGUUUGAACAAAGAAUCAGAAAAUUUAUUUUUAAUAUCAUACUACUGAAAUAUCAUUCAGAGUGGAUUUGGAUGAACUUACCGUAUAAUUGUUGAAAUACUAUUCAUAACAAUCAGACAAGAAAAGUUACAAUGGUUAGACAGCCUUCCUCUUCUUCGUACAAAGGAGGCGGUCGGUCAUCGCGUGACCAUCGCUCUUCGUACAGCGAUGAUUACCGCGUCACUCCAGAGCUAUCAAAGCCCGACACAACCUGUUGCUCUGGAUCUUGCUGUCCAUCUCCAAUCCGUGAAGACGAAGCAAGAUCGUCUUCUUCCCGAUACAAAGAUUCAUCUCCUACGCGACGUCGGUAUUCGUCAUCGUCGGGAUCCAAGUAUUUAUCUCACUCCCCUAGUCGCAAGCAUCUCUCGACGUCACAGCAGUAUUCCCCUCAAAGUUACUCCUCUCCCGUACGUCAAUCCUAUUCCCCAUCGAGGAGAUCGUAUUCCCCGUACAGAUCUUGCCGACACUCUCCGUAUGGCAGCCCUCAGCGCUCAGCCGGCAGUUGUUCGACCUGUUGCUCGACGUGCUAUGACCGCAGCCAAAGCAUUUCUUUGUCAGACGUUCCAAGCCGUUCGCCCGCUCGCGUUCGCCGUUCAUGCUGCGAUGAUCACAGCGGAUCCCCCCAGCGCCGCGCUUCCCCGAAGCGGAGUCGACGCUACUCGGGCAACAGCAGCCGCUGCUCCCACAGCCCGUCCCCCGAGCGGCCGUCGCGGCGCCCCGCUAGACGACGCAAUGGAACCUAUGACUUCAGCGGGAACCUUUGUGAAGAACACGCUAAGAUGAUGAAGUCUCAUGCCCGGAGCGACGGAGUAUCCCUUGUAAAUUCACCAGCGAAGCCCGCGUCUCGUGCUCGGUCACGAGAUUAUUAUGAAAACCGAGACAUUCCAUCGGUUGAGAAAACGUCGUCUCGUCGAGGCCGAACUCCGAUCAGAGAUGCUGGCGGGAAACGAUCAUCAGGAAGCCACAGUAGCGGCGACCGCGACUGUAGAGACUGCGCCCUGAAGUACGCAGACCAUAAGCUGUACGAACCGAAAUGUUGUGCUGAACCGAAAGCCGACAACAGCGCGGCGCCGCUCGUCAAACUUGGUGACAGAUAUUCUUCAGCUGCCAAGAGAUCUAAUCCCCUCGACCAUAUUUACUCGAAUCAUGACAUAUUGACCCAUAUGGUUUCGCAGACCAAAGCUCAAAAGAAACAAAUAAGGAGUUUGGAGAAUGAAGUAGAACGCCUUCGAGGCUGCGACGCCCUAGCGAAGUGUGAAGUACGUCAAAGAGACGUGGAGUGGCGGCCUGGUGACGUGCUGGGAGAAGGCUCCUUCUCAACCGUCUACCGCGGCACUUUCUGUGCCAUCGACGUCGCCGUUAAAGAACUUAAACUGAAACUAUCGCAGGAUGACAAAAACUACUUUCGGUCUGAGGCAGCAUUGCUGCAGCAGCUGCACCACCCGCGCGUGGUGCUGCUGAUGGGCGUAUGCAGCACUGCUGCGCGUCCCUUCAUGCUGCUCGAGUACAUGAGCGGCGGUUCGCUGCACGCGUUGCUGCAUGGUGACGGAAAGCCGGUGCCUCUCGACCACGCCACGUAUUUCUGCAUCGCACGCGAUGUCGCUCAGGGCAUGAACUAUCUCCACAAACACGACCCUCAGGUCCUACAUCUUGACCUGAAAUCGAUGAACGUUUUGCUGGAUGCUUAUUCACGAGCCAAAAUCGCCGAUUUUGGUUUCUCUAUAUUGCGUCGCUCGCGUUCACCUGCGCAAAAGGGUGCUAUCAGAGGAACACCAGCGUGGAUGGCACCCGAGUUGCUGACGAAGGGUGAAGUGUCAGCGAAGUGUGACGUGUACAGCUACGCUAUCAUCCUGUGGGAGAUGCUGACGUCAGAGCAACCGUUCCGGGGCUACGACGUACUCCAGAUUCUGGAGUCGGUGGAAGCUGGGCUGAGACCGCCGCUACCCAGCGCCAACGUGUCCAGAGAGCUGAGGGAGCUCAUUACUUCAUGCUGGGCUCAGAACUCGUCACUGAGACCCAGCUUUGCGGAGGUACUGGGUGCUCUGGAAGAAGCUGCUGUGCCUCCAUCUUGGCGAGGUCUUUUCCAGCGAGCUCACCUACCUACCAGUCUUCCUCAGGACCCUCCUUUGGCCAGAACCGUGAUAAACGCCGUGCAAGAAAGUGUCGAGACACUGCGAAGGAACAAGAAGAAUGCAAAGGAGAAGACCUCUCGUAGCUCUGCAAUUAGAGAGGUGCCUCUUAUGUCCGGGAUGAUGUCACUCAACGAGGAAAAAACUAGUCCUCCUAAAGCUCCGGCGCGUCGACGUAACUCGAGCGUAGAUAAAAGAGGAGCAUCGUCGAAAUAUGUUGAGCAAAAAGAGUCGAUGUCAGCGAAAAAUAACUCGAGAGAAAAAGCUAAUUCUAGAGAGAAGAGUAAUUCAGGAGAGAAAAGCAGUCCUCGUGAGAAGAACGAAGGUCGAGAACGAAGCAAAGCUCGUGGAAGAAGUCCUGAUCGUAAUGAGAAAAAAAUUAAAGCAACUGGGGACGAUCGGGAAAGAUCAUCGCCUAAUCGGGCUCACCGCUCGCGCUUGUCCCGCCGUGACGUCACUUACGAACAAAUCGAGGAGAGAAAGCCAUCGCCCAACAGACGACCUCAAAAGUCUCGGUCAAGCAGGACACGGCAGCGCGAACUUUCCGUUGAAAUGAGUCGCGAUCUCAAGAGACGCGACAAGCAAUCGAGUGACGGUAGUCUGAGCCGCUCAUCGGACCUGCACGAUUCCUUAGAAGGAAGCUGGGAGGCUAGGGACACAGACCGAAGAAUAAAAAAUGGCAAAACAGUAAAACAAAGUCGGACAAAUGAGCAGGACAGUGCUGGAGAAAGUCAGUGCAGUUCAUGGAGUAGCGAUGAGUACUACAAUGUUUACUACUCGAAGCUCCGCAAGCGAGACACUAAGACUGAAAGCAGAGCAACGUCUCCUCGCCGCGGUAGCAGGACUUUCCAGAAACCUAUUGUUCCGAGUUCUCGUCGUUCGUCGCCUAAGAAAGAGCGAGACAUCUCGCCUCCUCGGCAGCGAGUCAAAUCCCCAACGCGGCUCAAGUCUCCGGUGCGACGCAUUGAGGGGAAAAGAAGAGAGAAUCGGCCGUGUACAGUCGAUAGACCUGGACUGGCUCUCACCGCUGAACUCCUCCUGGAUCAAAAACAGAAGCUUCGGCCUGUUCGACCUUCUGCACUUCCUGAUAUAUCAGGCUUACCGGAAAAGUCUCUGCAAGACUUGACGGUACUCCUGAGGAGAGUCAUGAACCGAAGACGGGAUGCGUUUCCUCCUUCCAUGCACUCUGACGAUCAAUUCUCCGACUGGCAAUGAAAAGCUACCCCAUCCUGAUGUUAAUCAGGAUCAAGGCAUCCGUACAGUGAAACACGUCAUUCGGUCUAACGAUUUUUCGACCAUAAAUAAUAUGAAACUAAUUUACCGGAAUCUGUAAAUGCACAUGCCUAGCAAAAUUCGAAUUUUUCAGCUAAUAAUUUUAACUUUUGCCCGGAAAUUACCCUAGCUGUCGGCUACGGAACAGGUAAGGAAUACUGAAGACAAAUUACUAUUGAAUUCCUUCACCUGUUGUUCAUAUUAAGAAUUUCUUGCAUCAAGUGGACAGGUUAAACACGACAUAUUCUUGAUUUAAUUUAUUUUAUAAAAUAAAUAUUUAUAUAAUUUAUGUAGAUGCUGUAUUCCCACGUAUGUUGUACUGAACAUUUUGAGUGGAUCGGUCAUAAGGUGAAGCACGAGUAUAUAGAGGAACACCGGAGAUUAUUUAACGAAUCUAAUAGUACUAAAAAUAUAUUUCCCGGUUAUGUAGGGACACUUCCUCUAAACAACAAUGACGUUUCACAUUAUUUGUACACUUCAGAGUUUUAAUGAAUUCUAAUAAGGUGGGCGCACAGCAUGAGGGUCUGGCUAGCAGCUACCAAUGACUACUUUGUUUUGGGCCAAUUUGCUAAAGGAUGGCGUUAAAACAUUAUUUUGUCAGAUUUUACUUACAGCUACGCAUUUCGCUCAAACUCACUUCGCGUAGUCAUUUACUAUAU